GUCACAGAGGGUCUGGCAGGAUGAAGAAAUGGGGUAGCCCAGACUCAGAGAAGUCUGAGGACCUGCCUCAAGAAGCCACCUGCCCAGACCUUCAGGAUGGCGAUCCUAACUCUAUGUCACCUCUAGCCAAGCCCCACGUUGUCACAGCCAGGAGCCGCCCCCGGCUCUUUGGGAAGGGUGAUUCAGACGAGGCCUCCCAUAUGGACUGCUCUUGUGGGGAAGGUGAGCUUGCCUCCUGCCCAGCCAUCACAGUUAGCCCUGUUGUCGUCAUCCAGAGGCCUGGGGAUGGCCACACCUGUGUCAGGCAGCUUUCCCAGGACUCUGUCACUGACGGGGUCGAGAAGAUCCUGUACGAUCGCAGGAGGAUCUUUGAAGCCGUCGCUCAGAAUAACUGUGAGGAACUGUCGAGCCUGCUGCUUUUCCUGAAGAAGAGCAAGAAGCACCUCAUGCACAGCGAAUUCAAAGACCCUGAGACGGGGAAGACGUGUCUGCUGAAAGCCAUGCUCAACCUACAUGACGGACAUAACGACACCAUCCCCCUGCUCCUGGAGAUUGCACGGCAGACCAACAGCUUGAAGGAACUGGUCAACGCCAGCUACACCGACAGCUACUACAAGGGCCAGACAGCACUUCACAUUGCCAUCGAGAGGCGGAACAUGGCCCUGGUGACCCUCCUGGUGGAGAAUGGGGCAGACGUCCAGGCGGCAGCCAAUGGGGACUUCUUUAAGAAAAUCAAAGGGCGGCCUGGCUUCUACUUUGGUGAGCUGCCACUCUCUCUGGCUGCAUGUACCAACCAGCUGGGCAUUGUGAAGUUCCUGCUACAGAACUCCUGGCAGCCGGCAGACAUCUGUGCUCGGGACUCGGUGGGCAACACAGUGCUGCAUGCCCUAGUGGAGGUGGCCGACAACACGACUGAUAACACCAAGUUUGUGACGAGCAUGUACAACGAGAUUCUCAUCCUGGGGGCCAAGCACCACCCAACGCUGAAGCUGGAGGAACUCAUCAACAAGAAGGGGCUGACGCCCCUGGCUCUGGCUGCUGGCAGCGGGAAGAUUGGGGUGUUGGCCUAUAUUCUCCAGAGGGAGAUCCAGGAGCCCGAGUGUAGACACCUGUCGAGGAAGUUCACCGAGUGGGCCUAUGGACCUGUGCACUCCUCGCUCUACGACCUGUCCUGCAUCGACACUUGUGAGAAGAACUCAGUGCUGGAGGUGAUCGCCUACAGCAGCAGUGAGACCCCUAAUCGCCAUGACAUGCUUUUGGUGGAGCCGCUGAACCGACUCCUGCAGGACAAGUGGGACAGAUUUGUCAAGUGUAUCUUCUACUUCAACUUCUUCGUCUACUUUCUGUAUAUGAUUGUCUUCACCACGGCUGCCUACCACAGGCCUGUGGAUGGCUUGCCUCCCUUUCAGAUGAACAGCACCCAGGAUUAUUUCCGAGUCACUGGAGAGAUUCUGUCUGUAUCAGGGGGAGUCUACUUUUUUUUCCGAGGGAUUCAGUAUUUCCUGCGCAGGAGACCUUCGCUGAAGAUCUUGUUUGUGGACAGCUACAGCGAGAUACUUUUCUUUCUACAGUCUGUGUUCAUGCUAGGGACCGUGGUGCUGUACUUCAGCCAGCGCAAGGAGUACGUGGCCUCCAUGGUGUUUUCCUUGGCCAUGGGCUGGACCAACAUGCUCUACUACACCCGUGGCUUCCAGCAGAUGGGCAUCUAUGCUGUUAUGAUCGAGAAGAUGAUCCUGAGAGACCUGUGCCGUUUCAUGUUUGUCUACCUAGUUUUCUUGUUCGGGUUUUCCACAGCCGUUGUGACACUUAUUGAGAACAAGAAAGAUAACUCUGUGCUGGCAGAGACCACAUUGCACAGAUGGCGGGUCCCUGGCUGCCGGACUUCUGAUAGCUCUUACAACAGCUUGUACUCCACAUGUCUGGAGCUGUUCAAGUUCACCAUUGGUAUGGGUGACCUGGAGUUCACUGAAAACUACGAAUUCAAGCCUGUCUUCAUCAUCCUGCUGCUGGCCUAUGUGAUUCUCACCUACAUCCUGCUGCUCAACAUGCUGAUUGCCCUCAUGGGAGAGACUGUCAACAAGAUCUCACAGGAGAGCAAGAACAUCUGGAAGCUUCAGAGAGCCAUUACCAUCUUGGACACGGAGAAGAGCUUCCUUAAAUGUAUGAGGAAAGCCUUCCGCUCAGGCAAGCUGCUGCAGGUGGGGUACACACCAGAUGGCAAGGAUGACUACAGGUGGUGUUUCAGGGUGGCGGAUGUGAACUGGACCACCUGGAACACCAAUGUAGGCAUCAUCAACGAGGACCCGGGCAACUGCAAGGGCAUUAAGCGCACUCUGAGCUUCUCCCUGCGGCCAAACAGAGUUUCAGGGAGAAACUGGAAGAACUUUGCCCUGGUUCCCCUUUUAAGAGACACAAGUACUCGAGAAAGGCCCACUGCCCAGCCUGAGGAGGUCCAUCUGAGGCACUUUGCUGGGUCCCUGAAGCCAGAAGAUGCUGAGGUCUUCAGGGAUUCUGCUGCUUUCCAGGAGAAGUGAGG